CGCCGCACCAGGCUCCCACGGUCGCUUGGUGCGGGCGGCAACCGCUAGCCAUGCAGGUAGGAUUCUCUGGAAUCACAGACUAGGUUUAUGAGAGUAGCCUUGUGAAACCAGCAAGAUUGGGCAGAGAUGUUGAAAUGCUGGCCUAGUCAUAGCAGAGGCGUCAGCCUGAGGAGCAGGAAGCCCUGAACCUGAGAUGGGCCUGCAGAGACCCCUCAAAUGAAGACAUCUGGAUGGAGGGACACACUGACAUGGAGAUACUAAGGACAGUGAAAGGGUCUUCCACAGGGGAGGUCAACGUGCACCUGGUGGCCAGAGACAGCGCAGGUUCUCACCCUCACCUGCCUACAACCGCCUUCAUUAUUCCUACCAAUGCAGCUACCCUUGGUCUGCCUAGCACUGCUCUGGAUGUGUCCUACCCCCGGGAGUCAGUCCACGUGGGUGCCCUGGAGCGGGUGGCUGGCAGCGAACCUGUAACAGCUACCAUUCUGCCACAGCUAAGCACCGGACCGGGGACCAACAGCACAGUCAGGCUUCUGGAUUGGACAGGGGUUUCUGCACCUUUACCUGGUAGCAGCAUGCGGUUCCGGAUAAACGAGUACGCGCCACUGAGCAUGAUAGGAAUGGAGCGACCACGAAGCCCGGAGCCGCGACACGAGAGUGUCAUAGCCGGAAGAGAUGCAAGCAUCCAGCACCCUGAUGUUCACCAGGACCCUCAAGACGUCACUUCUCUGGAACCCACAGUAGACGUGAGCUCCUGCAAGUGCCAGGCUUAUGGGCCUCAACAAAGUAUUGGCCUAGACGGUGGCUCAUCGGGAGACCGAUGCCCUCAGCCUUUCCAGAAGCGGUCAGUCAUAGUAGAGAACUCAGGCUGUACCAUCGCUUCUGAACUCCUAAAACCCAUGAAAAAGAGGAAACAUAAAGAGUCCCAGAGCCCAUCAGAGGAGUCUGAGCCGGAGGCCAUGAAGCAAGGAGAAGGAAAAGACCCAGAGAGAGAGCCUGCCCCCAACACCCUAGAGAAUGAGGAGUGGAACAGAAGCCAGCUGGUGUCCAGUGAGAAGAAGGACGGCUGGUCCUGGGAGUCCUACCUGGAGGAGCAGAAGGCUGUCACGGCCCCAGUUAGCCUCUUCCAGGAUUCCCAGGCAGUCACCCAUAACAAGAAUGGCUUCAAACUGGGCAUGAAGCUGGAAGGCAUUGACCCCCAACACCCGUCCAUGUACUUCAUCCUUACUGUGGCUGAGGUGUGUGGCUACCGCCUGCGCCUGCACUUCGAUGGUUACUCUGAGUGCCAUGACUUCUGGGUCAAUGCCAACUCCCCCGACAUUCAUCCCGCUGGCUGGUUUGAGAAGACUGGACACAAGCUGCAGCUUCCCAAAGGUUACAAGGAAGAGGAGUUCAGCUGGAGCCAGUACCUGCGCAACACGAAAGCUCAGGCUGCCCCCAAGCACCUGUUUGUAAGCCAGAGCCACAGUACUCCACCGGUGGGCUUCCAGGUGGGCAUGAAGCUGGAAGCUGUGGACCGCAUGAACCCCUCCCUCGUCUGUGUGGCCAGUGUGACCGAUGUGGUAGACAGUCGCUUCCUGGUGCACUUUGAUGACUGGGGCGAUACAUACGACUACUGGUGUGAUCCCAGCAGCCCCUACAUCCACCCAGUCGGCUGGUGCCAGAAGCAGGGAAAGCCUCUCACCCCUCCACAAGACUACCCAGACCCGGACAGCUUCUGCUGGGAAAAGUAUCUAGAAGAAACUGGGACCUCAGCUGUGCCCACGUGGGCCUUCAAAGUGCGACCCCCUCACAGCUUCCUGGUCAACAUGAAGCUGGAGGCUGUAGACCGCCGGAACCCAGCACUGAUCCGGGUAGCCAGUGUGGAAGACGUGGAGGAUCAUCGGAUAAAGCUCCACUUUGAUGGCUGGAGUCACAACUAUGAUUUCUGGAUUGAUGCCGAUCACCCAGACAUCCACCCUGCAGGCUGGUGCUCCAAGACAGGACAUCCCCUGGAGCCUCCUCUCCGGCCCAGAGAGUCCAGCUCUGCCUCCCCUGGGGGUUGCCCCUCUCUCAGCCACAGGAGCCCACCCCACACAAAGACCUCCAAAUAUGGCUUUCACCACCGGAAGUGCCCCACUCCUGGCUGUGACGGCUCCGGCCACGUCACCGGCAAGUUCACAGCCCACCAUUGCCUCUCUGGCUGCCCACUGGCCGAGAAAAACCAGAGCCGGCUGAAAGCGGAGCUGUCCGACUCGGAGACCGCAGCCAGGAAGAAGAACCCGUCUAAUUUGUCCCCAAGGAAAAAGCCUCGCCAUCCAGGCCGGAUUGGACGCCCUCCAAAGUAUCGCAAGAUUCCAGAGGAAGAUUUCCAAGCCCUCCCUCCCAGUGUGGUACACCAGUCCCUCUUCAUGUCCAACUUGCCGACCCACACCGAUCGCCCACUCUCUCUGUGCUGGGAACAACACUGUAAACUCUUGCCAGGAGUGGCGGGCAUCUCAGCCUCCACAGUCUCCAAGUGGACCAUUGAAGAGGUCUUUGGCUUCGUUCAGACCUUGACGGGCUCUGAGGACCAAGCACGCCUCUUCAAAGACGAGAUGAUUGACGGCGAGGCCUUCCUUUUGCUGACACAGGCGGACAUUGUGAAGAUCAUGAGUGUCAAGCUGGGCCCAGCCUUGAAGAUCUAUAACGCCAUUCUCAUGUUCAAAAACACUGACGAUGCCUUUAAGUGACUGACUGGGGGGGUAGGGGGACCCUCCUAUCCUCGCUGGGCUCCCUCUGCAGAUGGUGCUUCUCUCCCAACUUGAGUUCUGCACCCCCGCCCUCGCUGUCUGACUAGGUGUACGGGAGCAGAGGAGCCUGGGGAAGCGGGUCUCAGCUCUCAGUCCUGGAGUUCAUUUGUCUCCAGUUGCCCCAGGAAGGGUGUGACUACACUGAGACCUGACUGAUAGAAAGGGCUACAGGGAUCCUGGCUAGGGCAGCCUGCAUCUUCGUCCACCUUGGUCAUUGUCUUAGGAAUUAGGAGGAGCUGGGCAGCGUAGGCAUUCUCCAUUCAGAACUAUGUCCUUAUUGGCAUCUCUAUGUCCUUUCUCCUCCUUGGGUCCCUCUCCUCCUACUAAGAACUGACCAUGACCUUGGUUUACAUAUUUACACAUGAAAGAUGCCUCCUCCCUGUCCACUGUUGGCUGUGUACUCUUGUUCUCCAUUCAUGGUCCAGCCAGGCCCCACGGCUCUUCUCCCAUAGAUGCUUGAGUCUCAGAAAUAUGGGAGCUUCCUACUCAGAGCCUCUGGCUGUCUUUUUCCUUUUGCCUCUAGUCAGAGAUUGAGAGCCCAGGCACUGUCCUGAACACUUUCAGUUCAGGAUCACCCGGCAUUGAAGCAGGCAGUACGAAGUGAGCAGAUGGUUAGAGCCCAUGUCCUAACACUCAGGGCCUAAGUUCUCUGAUGCCCUCUCUGUUGGGUGUGGGGGGAGGAAGUCCGGCCUGGCAAGCCAUCCAGGCUAGGACGUUGGACACAUUGGAGUCUUUGACCGGAAGAGUAGCUCCAGAAAGCAUGAUGGCGGUGGCAUCAUUCUCUUUGUGUCUGUGGAUCUCAGCCAAGAUAUUACACAAGAGUGAGAGGCCCCUGUCAGCCAGGCCUCCUGCCAGGAGGGUGUAGCACCGGCUAGCACACAACCCCUGUGACAUCACAUUCACUCUGUCCCUUAAACAUUUCUCAUCCUGCUCUCGAGUCUUAACGAAGGCCACUUACAGUAGAGAGUUGGGAAGGUUCCCUCUCCUGUCUCUGAACUCCCUGGCCCUUCUUGCCAGUCCCCAACAGUCUCUCACUGCCAGCUAGGUUCCCAUUGGGGCUCUGGGACUUGGACCUUUCUGUCCAAGUGGAGGUUCAGCCUUCACUUAAUUACUGCCAAACGCCUCCCAGCCUAAGUGGGGAGUCCCAGGAGGAGCCACCCCUCCAAUAGGUGAGAGCCAGGGGCAAGCUUUACUUGGUGCUGUGGGCCUGCAGGCUGAAGAGCAGGGUAGUCCCCCAGUCCAGUAUACUGAUAAGUUAUGUGGUGUGUCUGUGUGUGUGUGUGUACACAUGUUGGUCACACAGCAGUAUCUGUCAGGUGCAGGUGUGAGGUACAGUGCUGGGGAUAUGAAGGGCUACUGUUAAGCUAUGAGGCUUUAUCAUUUCCUCAGAAAUGGGAAGCCAAAAGUCCUGUUGAUUUCCUGUUUCAGAGCUUUGGGGACCUCCCCUCCCUAGGCCAACAGCUUCUUGGGGACAGCCAAGUGGCACCCAGCUAGCCUGGCAGAGAUUUCCUUUCCUUUUAGCCCCCCUGGGGGUAACUUCCAGGUAACAUUGGGCAAGGCCAGCCAAGCAGGGAGGGGAGAAUAGGUCAACAGAUGUGACGUUACUGCCCCUCUGCUGGACAGUAACGGUAAAAGGUAAAAGGUGCCAGUCUCUCCAGUCUCUGUUGUCUAGGUUACAGUGGAAAGUACCACCUCCUGGCCUUUAUUCUGCCCAGUCACACACUGACCAAUCUGAGAUGGCAGCAAAUGUUCCAUGUUCUUGGCUGGUGCUGUGAGACCAUACAGUUUCCAAGGAGAGGGACUGCACAGCCUUUGCCAUGCAGUUCUGUGAUCUGUGGGAGCUCUUUCAUCUGUGGGAAAAGAGCAGAGAGACUAACGGCCUUGGAGAAGACCCACAGCCUCCCAACUCUAGGCCGCACCCCUUCUGCACUAAUAUCAGAAACCAAAUCUUAAAAUGUCAGACAUGUGUUCCAGCCAUCCCCCCACCCAUCCACCCCACUGGGUCCCCAUUGCACCUUAACCUGGGAGUGCAGGCAGUGAGUGACAGUUUCUGGCACUUGUACCCUGGUCUCUAGCAACAGGAACUCCUUCCACCUUGUCUCCAGUGGGCUUGGCCAGCCUCUGCCCAGCCCUGGCCUACAACAGUGAUGAGCUUUGUUUAACUUCUGAGGCAGAGAGACUGGUUCCAGGGUCUGAAAAUGAAACCUGUUUGCACCUUUAUUCACAUGCACUGUGAUGGGGUUACAUUAUUUUUUACUUGUUCUGUAUGUGUGUGUCUCUCUGUGUGUGUAUGUGUCUAUGUGUGUCUGUGUGUGUGUUUAUGUGUAUUUGCUCUCGAGUGUACCUUCUUAAAGAAAGUCCUCUGGUUUAAACUAAAGUGACUUGAGAGAGAGGAAACAUUACAAAGAAUAUAUAGUAUGAUUUGUCUGUGUAUCGAUAAAUAAGUAAAUAAAUUAAUAAAUAAAUAAAUGGUUGACCA